AUGCCCUCUCCAAUUGAGUCACCCCUCGGAAGCGAAGAAAUUAGGUGGCAUUGGAGAGAAGAUCUGCGAGAGAUUGACGAAAACAAUGAUGGAACACUGCGAAGCCAAUGGUCUACCUUUGCCAAGAAAAGCUCGAGGGAAAAAACGAUCUGGUUUGGAAGAUCUGAACUUGACCGAAGAGCCCACGCCGCCCCCAAAAAGCGGCGCAAAGAGAAACCCUACGUGCCCAAACAUCGCAGUGGAGCUUAUGCCUUGCUCAUGGUCCUAUCACAGGAAGAAUCCUGCCAGGGGCUCAUUAAGUCUCAGCUCAUUGACCAGGCGCAGCCCUUGUCAGACGCAUCCUUCAUUGACGAGGGCCAGACCAAGUACUUUACCGCUUGGAACUCUAUGAAGACUCUGAUGGAGAAAGACCUUGUCUACAAAAGAGGGAGACCAGUGGAGAAAUACAUGCUGACUGAAGAGGGGUGGGAAAUUGCGCAUAAGAUGAGAGGAGUGGAGAAGGGCCAAACGUUGCUGAAUGACAAUCCACGAAACGAAAAGGGAUUCGCUUCAAUUGCAGAUAUGAGUACAUCUGGUGUACCAGAGAGAGCUGCUUCGAACAUUGUGGACCUCGAAGACUUAAGUAAUUCUGAAUUAAAUCCGGCCGUCAAAUCAGCCCAGGCGCAUCUAUCUAGAAGAAACGGCCCUUUCGAAGGCUUGUCAUCCAAGCCUCACCGAGAUGAAGCUUCAAAAGACAAGAAAAUUCCAUCUUCCAAGAACCAAGCUAGAAAGGCACCUACGCAAGCGGCAGUCGUUGAUCUUCUUUCAAGUCCGGAGCCCCCGGAAACUGUGAUCACUGUUCAAGGCAGUGUCAGGGCCGAGGAUAUUGAAAGGAGCAGCAAAAGUGUUCUACCCGAAGACUCGCGUCAAAUACGCAACUCUCUUCCAACAAAGCCUACUAAUCAAGAAGCCAAGCGCGCAGAGUCGUUACCCACUUUCAAGCCCAUUGUUGUUCGUCCAGGGGAAUUUUCGGUUCGGCUUCUCCUCGAUAAUCGAGAAGUUCGUUCAAAGGAAGACCGCGAAUAUAUCGCUAAGACACUAAGUCAAUUGGGCACGGAAGUUCUCUUCGGCAAGGAAGGAACAGUGGGCGACGUGCGUCCGCUACCGUUGGGGGACAUCUGUUGGGUUGCAAGGCUCCACGAUCGGAACCUCCUCGCCUCCCAUGGUGAAGAGGGCCAGGAAAUUGCUCUGGACUGGAUUGUUGAACGGAAGCGGUUUGAUGACUUGGUUAGCAGCAUCAUCGAUAAGCGUUUCAAUGAGCAGAAAUAUCGAUUGGGUCGAUCGGGAAUGAAGGUCGUCUAUUUGAUCGAACAGACACAUCUGUCGGAAGAAAGGGCCAAGCAUUUUCAAGAACAGAUCAAAGGUGCAAUAGCCGGCACACAGGUCAUCAAUGGCUAUUUCCUUCAACGUACACAAAAAUUGGACGAGUCAAUAAGGUACCUUCACCGCAUGACCACACUGCUGAAGUCGCUAUACGAGAAGAAGCCUUUGCACGUUAUCCCUUCUUCGGCGCUGACUUCAACAAACUACCUACCUUUAUUAGCCCACCUAAGAAAGCACGAGUGUCACCUCAACUACAAUGUGACAUUCCCUGCCUUCUCUUCCUUGGCUUCUAAAAGUGAUAGUCUGACGCUUCGAGACGUAUACCUCAAGAUGCUGAUGUGCACGAGAGGCAUCAGUGGCGAAAAGGCUAUCGCGAUUCAGAAGAUAUGGCCAACACCAAGGGCCCUUGUGGAAGCAUUCGAGAGCUGUGAGACCGACAAGCAGAAGCAGGGCAUGCUGGACAAGAAAUUAGGGGGCCUGAUGGGGAAGAAUGCGAUCAAGAAUGUCAGUGCGGCCCAAAUUCCCCCUAGACCUCCUGGUCAGAGGGUGCAGCGGCUCGACAGCCUCAAGAACCCUCAACCACGCCCAAGACCCCGAAUCCAGAAAGCCACCCCAGAACGUUGUGUCAAUCCUGACUGCACAGAGCCGACUAGCCUAACUGUAGAAGAUGGGAAACUUGUCUGCGAGAGCUGUGGUACCGUAGCGGACGACUCACCCGAUCUAGUCACCGACCUACAAUACGGCCUCGAAGGUGGUCGAGCUGUCGUCCAUGGACACCAUGUCGGCGUUGACUCAGGUCAAGUACGCGGUGAAGAUGUCGCGGGCAUCAAUAGGCAGAUGUCUGGUCUGGAACAGACUAAUGCCACAGGUGAAGACCUAGCUUUCUCCUUGACGAUUGAGUGGUUGCUGACAGAGACAGGGAGACGAUACGCUGUUCAGAUCUGCGCUGCUCUGCAGAUCAAUCCGGCACUCCAGGAGGCUGGGUUACAAUUCUUCAGAUUAGCCGCUUCUAUGAAUUUCAUCCAGGGACGAAGGACAAAAAGUGUUGCCGCCGUUGCUUUAUAUAUAGCAUGUCGGUGCCAGCGAGAAAACCCGAAUCACUACAUGCUGAUUGACUUUGCCGACAUUCUUAACCUGAAUGUCUUCACACUGGGGACCGUCUACACUGACCUAGUAAACGCACUUCGAGUAAACCCGAACGGGUUCUUAAUCAACCCCAUUAACCCAGAAGAUCUCAUCUUUCGUUUCGCUCAGCGUCUAGAAUUUGGGCCAGAGACAAUGAGGGUAGCCAACGAUGCCGUACGUAUAGUGCAAAGAAUGAAUCGCGACUGGAUGACGCCUGGACGAAGGCCAGCUGGUAUAUGUGGCGCUGCUCUAAUAUUAGCAGCGCGAAUGAAUAAUUUUCGCCGUACUUCCCGUGAGAUGGUAUACGUAGUGAAGGUCAACGAAGUGACUAUUUUCAAGCGACUGGAGGAAUUCAAAGCUCUUGAGAGUAGUGGCCAGAGCGUGCAAGAAUUCCGAACUAAAGAUCUUGAGGGUGCCCAUGAUCCACCAGCAUUUAACCAGAAUAAGGAUGGUAUGAGGAAGAAGAAAAAGGGAAAGCGAAAAGAGAGGCGUCUCGAAUUCGACGAUGAUGGUGAAGAUGUGUCGCCUUCAAGGGCUGUGACUGACCCUGCCAUCCUAUCAUCAAACAUGCAGCUAUCGACCCCAGUCAAUACUCAACAAGGUCAAGCUGCUAGUCAAAGUAUGCCUCCUCCUCCAAUACCGAUCGACCCAGGUAUUGCGUCAAUAUCUGGUGCAGAAAUGACAUCACAAACACCAGGAACAACUGGGUCACUUCAGUCCCCUGAAAGUAGUCUCCCAACGGGCCAAGGCUUGUUGGGCCCUCCAAUUACUCGGAAGCGUAAACAACCAACUAGAUCUUCUGCUCGCAAAAAGUUGGCGGCCGCUGAACAAGAAACCGACGAGCUACAGAAUCCGACCCCAGAGAGCUCUCAAGGACAGAUGGCAAGCUCCGACAGGCCUGAAAACGCAGGUACCCAAGAGCGAGCAGAGGCAGAUACUGCGGCGUCCGCUAGUAUUGAAAGCCCUAGCAAUGCUACCUCUGAGGAUACGAAUCUCUCCCCAUCCAAUGAAAAGCCCUCCCUCAAUCCAAGUCUAUCAAGUGCUGGUGCUGAAAGACGUCAGACAAGAUCAGCAACGCGGACUAGCCUUCGUGGUCAGCCCACCGGAUCAGAUAUCCAUGCCAAAAGCAAAGCCGGGGUAUAUGAGGAAAACUUGCAACCUGGAGCCAUGAUAAUUACGUCGCAAUCUGAGGAAUCCUCAACAACUGCUCGGCGAAGAAGCAGGCGCCGCAAGCAAGACGAAGGAAGUCAAGAUCCUACGAUUGAUCCUCAAAUUGCGACAGCUUUAGGAGAUCCGUUCGAUUUAGAUACCGAUGCACUACAGUCUACUAUGGAAGUGGCGUGCGCUGCCGAAGCUGAGUCGUCAGAAAUUGCCCAGACACCCCGCGAAAUUCCGACGUCAGCUACAAUAGACGAAAGUGAAUUUUUGGACGAUGCUGAAGUUGAACAUUGUCUAUUAAACGAGGAAGAAGUGCGGAUCAAAACCCGGAUCUGGACUUCGGUCAAUGCGGAUUGGCUUCGCGCUCAAGCAGCGAAGAGACUCAAGUACGAAAUGGCAGUGGCAGCAGGAACAUAUCGACCCAAAAAGACGCGACAGCGGAGACGGCAGCGUAUUGGUGAUCUCAAACAAUACGCAUCGCAGCUUGGCCCCGACUGGGAACAACGGCUUGAGGCUGGGGAGGUGCUUGCAAGUACUACUGCUGAGGCGGUGGAAAUGAUGAUGAAGAAACGGGCGUAUUCCAGUAGAAUCAACUAUGAGCUAUUGCGUAAUGUGUAUACGCCAAGCUCAAGUGGAAGUCGGAGAACAAGCAUUGGUGGUGCCGGGAGUCCUGGCAGCGGUACGCGUCCACAAGACACCUCGGCUGGGAGCGCAACUUCUGGUCAAGCCACAGCGGGGAGAACGGAAAGAGAGGUUGAGAUGGAAGAGGAAGUGGAGAGCCAAGACGGCGAGCAGGCCACGAGAAGAGCUGCAAGCGAAGAGACGGACAUGCAGCAGAGAGAGCUCGAUAGUAUGGUGGGUGAAUUGGAAGAGCAAGGAAUCUAUGGUGAUCCGCAUGCAGUUACCGAAGAGGCGGAAGACAACGACGAGGACGAUGUUGUCAGUCAGAACAAUGACGAUGACGAUCCUUACGAAGCUAUCGGUGCUGAGUCUGACUGA